CCUUUAUCAUUAGAUAAAGAUCCAUUAUUAUUAGAUGAUGAACUUUUUUUGGAUAAGUCCUCUAUAGAUAGUAAACCUGUUUCAGAUGAAGAAUCUCUUUUAUUACUAGAAGGUUCAUCUAAUUCUACUCAAAAUACAAUUACAGAGAUGUUAAAAUCAUCACAACAAAAUAUUAUAGUUAAAAGGAAAAGUAAUACAUGGAUCAAUGAUGAUGAUAAUCUUAAACAAUGCAUAAGUACUUUUGAAAUCACAACAAGCACAACAAAUUUAGCUAGCUAUCUUCAAACCAUAUAUAGAUUAAGUAAAACUAGUCCUUUAUUACCUUUAAGUAGCAAAAAAGAAACUGCACAGUUACGGCCUGUUAAAUUAGACCCGACACAGUCUACUUUAUUAGAAUUAGUCAAUUUUGAUGAUAUGCAACCUUUCAAUGUUUUAGUAAAUGAACAAUUUCAGGAUAUCUUAUAUGAAGCAGAACCACAAUUUCAAUUUUUGGAUAAAGAUAUAGUUAAGCAAAAGCUUCAAAAAGAUCCUGCAAAAGAUAAAAAAAGAGAUAUUAGGAAUAAUGCUAAAGCACUUAAAAAGCUACUUCUUGAUAAUGAUAGUCAGCUAGAAAUCUAG